GAAUUUUCCCCAUCGCUUUCGCACGCGGUAUUGCCGCCCAUUUGAAAAUCUAUUUAGGAGACCCACGCCCGUGUAACCAUUGUCAAUACACCCGGAGCAAUGGUCUCGUCCACAACCGUCUUGCAGGUACUGUUUUUGGCGUACGUCGCGGCAUCCGGCGAGUCGCCGAGUGCAGAGACCGUCGUCGACGAGCGACCCGAACCAGUGUCGGCGGUCGCCGGCGACUCCGGUGAGCGCGUGAUCGCGGCCGCGCAGCCCAAAGACGUGUCCAUCCUCAAGCAGAUCAACAAGGUGAACGACGACGGUUCUUACACGUUCGGGUACGAAGCAUCGGAUGGCACUUUCAAAGUAGAGACCCGCGACGUAGCGGGCAACGUGAAGGGCAUGUUCGGGUUCGUGGACGACGCGGGACGGCUGAAGCGAGUCACGUACUCGGCCAGCAACUCGUCCGGUUUCCAGGCGGCCGGAAGCGAGUCUCCGCGGCCGUCAGCGGACCCGACGGCCGCGUCCGGGGCGCAGACGAUUGCCGGUCGAAGAGACAAAAAGGACGACAGCAGUGGCAGUGUCGGCGUAGGCGACGAGUCGGACGGCGUCAAGUCGGUCGGAGUGAAAAAGGUGUUGGUGUCCAAGAGACCCGUCACGGUGGCCGCGGCGCCGGACUUGAUGGCGGACUCGGACGCGGCCGACGACCGGCGAUGGCGCGGCGGUAACGAUCUGCGCAGGCAACUGCCCAGGAACGAAGACGGAGAUGCGCCCGACGUGUACGGCGUGCACGGCCGGUCCAGCAUCCAGGAGUCGGGACCCGUGUCGCCCGUCGUGUCCGCGCUCAUGUCCGAGCUGAUGCCGGUCAGGUCGUACGGCGGCCGCCCGACUCGGCCGCCACCGCCGCCGUCGUCGGUCGAACACGAUAACCAGCAGGUUAUCAGCAGCAGACGAGCGGCGCAGGAGCUGCAAGAAGAAGGAAACGACGGCCAGCAGUACGGCGGCCCGGCAACGGUUCAGUACCGCGAGAGGCAGUCGCCCGUCGCGCUCUACCAGCCGCGGGCCUCGUACCCGGUGACGGCGGCGUACCAACAACAACAGCGACCGGUCGCGUACCUCGCACCGCCGCCGCAGCGCGGUCCCAGUCUGGUGGCUCUCCGGGACGAACUCAUGGAGCUCAUACUGUCGUUCGUGCAGGCGCGCGUUUCGCAACUCGUGUCCGUCGCCCCGUAUCCCGCGCCCGCCCCGUACCCGAUGCCAUAUCAGCAGUCCAACUACUACGUGCCCAGUUACUAUCAAGGACCACGGGUGGUCGCCGGUCCGACGACCACCGCGGUACAACAGGGCCAAGAGUCGUCGCCGAUAGUCACGCAAACGCUCAAGGACGGACUGAUCCGGAUGCUGUUGUCCACCAGCCCGCGAUACGACCCGGACAGGAUCGGCGAACGUUCGACGACCAGGCUGGCGUACCGCAGUACAACAACGCAGCAGGCGCCAGUCAGGAGCGUGCAGAUCGUCAGUGGCGGCGGCGAUGACGACGACCGGGUGACGAACAGCAGACCGGUGACGACCGAAACUCCGGACUAGCGUUGUUGGUGUUGCUUUAUUAUAAUAGUUGAAAGUUUAAGUGAAAAAAAGUACCGUUAAUUAUUUUAUUAUUAUUGUUGUUAUUAUUAUUAUUAUUAUUAUUAUUGAGUGCAUUAUUAUUUCUA